AUGAAGCUGCAAAUGUUCUGGACUGGUCUGGAAUACACCUGCCGGCUCCUAGGCAUCGCCACGGCUGCAGUGUUGAUCGGCGUGGGCACUGAGACCUUCCUCCAGGGGCAGUUCAAAAGCCUGGCUUUCUAUCUGCUGUUUAUAGGAAGUGUCAUCUCUGUGUGUGAAGGGGCCUACUUUGUGGCUCAGCUGCUGGCCACCUGCUUCCAGUGUCGACCAGAGUCCCUGGCCUCCAGAGCAAGGGAGAAAGCCCGUUGGCUGGGCUGCUUCCAGAAGUUCCUGGCGUACAUGCUGCUGUCUGUGGCCUGCUUUCUCCACCCUGUCCUGGUCUGGCACGUGACCAUCCCAGGCUCCAUGCUCAUCAUCACCGGCCUGGCCUACUUCCUGCUGAGCAAACGGAAGAAGAGCAAAGCCGACCCGGAGGUGCUGGCUCCCCCUGAGCGGUACACGGACCCCUCCAGCAGCGCCGUGAGCACCACUGGCUCUGGGGACACCGAGCAAACCUACACCUUCCACGGUGCCUUCAAGGAGGGGACUGGCUCCCUCUUCAUCCACAUGAAGAGCAUCCUGAAGGGGACCAAGAAGCCCAAUGCCCUCCAGUGCCCAGACACCCUGACGGAGCUGACUCUGGAGCCAGCCGACUCGCUGGUCAAGAAGAAGCAGGUGCACUUUGAAGACAGUAUGGUCAGAAUCAUCCCAUCUCUCACUGAAGACCUGGAUGAUGGGGACAGCGAGCCAGAGGAGACCACGUCUGACACCACUCCCAUCAUCCCUUCCCCACAAGCCCCUAUCUUCCUGUCUUCUCUCACGGACGCCAACCUAUUCUGA